UUUGAGUCUGUCUUCGGGUGUUGUUAGGUAGGGAGCUCAGAUUCGUGAGGGUGGUUGGUGGCGGUUGAUUGUUGCCUGUCUGUGUUAGUCUUCUCACCACUAAUCUCAACUCAAGCCAGGCCUCAACGGCUCCUUCUUCCCCCUCCCUUCCUCCUUCCCUCUUUUUCCUUCGUCCCUUCAUCCUUCGGAGCCGGCGGCGCCCACCACCUCGAGGGAGAUGAGUUACGAUCGCGCCAUCACGGUCUUCUCCCCGGAUGGGCACCUCUUCCAAGUGGAAUACGCGCAAGAAGCGGUGAAAAAGGGUUCGACCGCGGUUGGUGUACGGGGAAAAGAUAUUGUUGUUCUUGGUGUAGAGAAGAAAUCAGUGGCUAAACUACAAGAUGAAAGGACUGUGCGGAAGAUUUGUGCUUUGGAUGACAAUGUCUGCAUGGCAUUUGCAGGGCUCACUGCUGAUGCUAGAAUAGUUAUAAAUAGGGCUCGUGUGGAGUGCCAGAGCCAUCGGCUCACUGUGGAAGAUCCUGUCACAGUGGAAUAUAUCACCCGUUACAUCGCUAGUCUGAAGCAGCGUUAUACUCAGAGUAAUGGGCGUAGACCUUUUGGCAUCUCUGCCCUCAUUGUGGGAUUUGACUUUGAUGGAACUCCCAGACUUUACCAGACAGACCCCUCUGGCACAUACCACGCAUGGAAGGCUAAUGCUAUUGGUAGAGGAGCUAAGUCAGUCCGUGAAUUUUUGGAGAAGAACUAUACUGAUGAAGCCAUUGAAACUGAUGAUUUGACCAUCAAACUUGUUAUCAAGGCUCUUCUGGAAGUGGUUCAGUCAGGGGGCAAAAACAUUGAACUAGCUGUCAUGAGGAGAGAUCAGCCUCUUAAGAUUUUAAAUCCUGAAGAAAUUGAAAAAUAUGUGGCUGAAAUUGAAAAAGAAAAAGAAGAGAAUGAAAAGAAGAAACAAAAGAAAACAUCAUGAUGAAUGAAAUAUCCAGUUGCUUUAGCUAUUUGUUUUUAAUCCAUUCAAAUCAUGGUAAUUCUACAGUGACAAGUAGGCAGCUCCAGUCCAUUUAUUCAUAUUGUACCUCUGAGUGACCUACAAUAAACCUAUGUAUUUUUUAAGCCUU